UUAAAAGCCAACGGUCAUCCCAGGAAUUGUGGAAAUUAGCCGAUGAUGUGCAGCAGUGCACUUCAUUUCCCCUUCAACGCGCCACCCGUUCGUCCAUCCCCCACGCUAGCUCCUCUACCUCACCUAGGAGAAGGACGCAGAGCUUGCCGCCCUUCACGUACACACUCAGCGACAAUUCUGCUCUGGUUGCAUCACGAUGACAACCAUACCCUCGAGCAUUCUCCUGGUCAUCUCCGGCUUGGCCGCGACCUAUGUCUUUCUACGCUUUCUGCUCACCUUCACCCAAGAUGCGAAAGAGCCGCCAGCAUUGGAAACGGCAAUCCCAUUCCUGAGUCCCAUGAUUGGCAUGAGAAAAAAGGGCAAAUUCUACGUAGACCUGCGCGACAAGUUCAAUCUCCCAAUCUACACCCUGCGAAUCCCUUUAAUCCGACUCUACAUCAUCAACUCAACCGAAUUAAUCCCGAUUGCCCAGCGACAAGUCCGCACACUGGACUUCGCUCCGAUGAAGGCCAAAGUGGCUAUGAAUGUUAUGGGCGCCAGUCCCGAUGGCAGAAAAAUUCUGGUCCGGGAUCAGAAUGGUGUGGAGGACUUUAGCUAUGCAAUCAUGUUCGACAAGGCGAUACAUCCAGCAGUGACGCCGGGUCCGCAGCUAGACGCCAUGAACAAGUUGUCCGUCCAGAAAGUGUCGGAAGCACUGGAGACGCUCGCGUCCCAAGCUCCAAGGCCUUUGAGAUUGUUCGAAUGGGUGAAGAAGGAGAUUACGUUCGCAACCACGGAAGCCGUAUACGGUCCCAAGAACCCAUUCAGCGAUGCAAAGAUCCAAGAAGCCUACUGGAAAUUCGAACCAGGAAUCAUAACGCUCUUGUUGGAUUUAUAUCCGAAUCUGCUCGCUCGAGAGAGCGUGCAAGCGCGCAAAGACAUUGUUGAUGCAUUCAACGAUUACUUUGUGUCUCGUGGCCACGAACAAGGCUCAGCCUUUGUCCAAGCACAUCAUCGGCACAAGAUUGAUCAGGGAGUUACGGGCAAGGAUGUCGCCAGAUUCGAGAUCGGAGGCAUAAUUGCUAUCCUGAGCAACACAACCCCAGCCGCGUUCUGGGUACUGUACCACGCCAUCUCGGAUGCUACCGCGUUGGAAGAGUGCAGACGAGAAAUCAUCGCUUGUUGCAGAGUCGAUGGCGACAUAUGCACUCUCGACAUUACUGAAGUGAAAGCAUCCUGCCCGAUUCUGCUGUCUAUACUGAAAGAGUCACUGCGGUUCCACGGAAUUGGCACUUCCGUUCGUGUCGUAACCCAGGAUCAUGGCGGCAUGGUCAUGAUUCCAGGACCAGUGCAGCAUAGUUCAAAACCGGCAUACGGGGAAAAUGUGGGCGAAUUCCAGCACAAGCGCUUCGUACGAUCGCCAGAACGUAAGCGGCCAACUCCGAUAGCGUUUCGAGGUUUCGGAGGAGGAUCCACGCUCUGCCCUGGUCGGCACUUUGCUACCACUGAAGUUCUCACUUUCGUGGCUUUGAUGAUUGUCCGGUUUGAUUUCGAGCCGACCAAAGGCGAAUGGAUCUGUCCGAAGACGGACAAGGCCGGAAUGCAAGGUACUAUCGCACCGCCCAAUGAAGAUGUCAAGGUUCAAAUUGCUCCGGCAACCGGUGAACUGGCAGGUAAGAAGUGGAAUGUGGUACUGUCUGGGUCAGAUAAGGGAAUAGAGCUCUCAGUGGAGGAUAUCCAGUAG